UAUUGUACUGUUCUGAACAAUCAAAAAUGUGUAGUUGCAUUCGUGAUAUCCUAACCUCAACUUCAGAAUGUUUCACGGGUGUGCCAAAUAGUCGCUAAAACCUCGGGGAAGGCUGAUGGCACGGUGAUAUCUUCACCAAUCCAGAGGAAAAAAAAAAAAUGUUUCACGGGUGUAAGAAGCUUUGUACCAGCGGCUUGAGGUUACCGAUAUCAUCGCGAUGCGCCGGGACGCUGUCGAAGUCGGAGGCGAGGAAGCGCAGGUCUCAGAUGUUCGAGGAGGAGAAACAGAGACAACGCUCUCAAUUAGGUAGAAUCAAGAAGAUUGAGGUGAAAUAUCAGUCGGUGGAGGACGAAGUGGUCCUGGUGAUGAACCGCAACAUGUCCACGCCGUACGACUGCGCCAGACACAUCUCCGAGAGCAUCGCCAAUAUGUCCGCGAUCGCCUUCGUCGACGGCCAUAUCUGGGACAUGCAUAGACCGUUCACAGACAACUGCGAACUGCAGUUAGUGACCAUGCAGUCUCCACAAGUAAACGCGAUCAACAAUGCCUUCUGGCGAACGUGCUCGUUGAUCUUGGGUGCUGUAGCGGACGAUGCCUUCAAAGAUAAUGUGAAUAUGCAUCUACACAGCUUUCCCUAUCCUGUAAUCCGCUCUGGUAGUUUUAUAUACGAUGUAUUCAUUGAUCUGCCAAACUGGCAGCCAACUAUGUCAGAAUUACGUGCUCUGUCUGCGUCAUUCAUCAAGUUUGCAAAUCGUGAGCUGCCACUGGAGAGACUCACAGUAUCUUGCAACAUCGCCCAGGACAUGUUCCAGGACAAUCCCUUCAAACACCAACAGAUACCUAAUAUUGCCAAAGAUAAUGGCAAUGUGAUAUUAUAUCGUUUAGGUGAUCAUGUAGAUGUCAGCAAAGGGCCCAUGGUAAGUCACAGCGGUCUGAUAGGGCGUGCCAGCGUGAUGGCCAUUCACCAAAUCACGGACGGACCUGUGGACGGUUUGUAUCGCUUCCAAGGUCUCGCUUUGCCCAAAGGUAUCAUGCUCAAUCAUUUUGCUUAUGGUAUCUUGGAAAAUCGCGCAAAAAAACUUAAUACUGUCACAUGGCAGCCGCAAACAGUACAUGAAAUUAUGAACAAUGCAACAGCGUCUGCGAACUAAAAAUAUUCAUCUCACAAUCUAAGUAAAUUUUCGUGUAAAUAAAUAUACUCUUUAGUUAUUACUUCUGUGUAAUUCUUUGACUGUAAGGCCUGCAUCAAUAGUUGUCACUUGAAACUUGUCUCACGUGAGAUACUCAGAUUUGAAUUUAGAGUCAGACGUACAUUUUUUAAUCGUGGUUACAAAUGUGUCACAUGUAUGAUUCAAAAAGUAAAAACUCUAAUCUAACGCUAAAUUCAGGUUCAAGUAUCUCAUAUGAGACAUGUUUCAGAUGACAACUAGUGAUAUAAACUUUAAUUUCGUUCGUGAUUAAGAUGUAUUAGUCUUAAAAAAACCUUUGUAGUUCGAAAACUUGGAAUAAAGUAUUAGGGCAUAUUUUUUAUUCAA